ACUGCAAACACGAGUAUUAUUUAUUAUCGUCUCCGUCUAGUCUGUACGCCGUAUUGCAUUCAACCACAAUUGUCUUCUUGAUUUCUGUGAAGAAAUGUCUGCCGGGAUCCGGUAAAACUUAAUUUUUGAACCAAAAGUGCUGUUCCUUCUAAUCUGGCAGCCAAAAACACAACAAGAUGACAUUUUAAAGUCAAAAACUCAAACUUUUAGCGCGCCGGCUAUGAGUUCCUACUUAUUUUUUGCCUCCAGCUAGAGCGGUGACGUCACAGUGACGUGUCUGGUGAUGUCAGAGCUAUUGUAACACUAAAAUGAAAGAGGAAGUAGGCUGCAUUGAUUGCAUUGCGGUUUUAAGAAAGUGGAUUGAUUGUCCUAAGGGCGAUUUUCAGUAUUAUGAUGCGGGGUUUUAGGAUUCGUAUCCUUUUGCUUUUAUUCUCAGCUGUAAAUGGAUUUAAGUCUUUUCAUGAUGUUCAGUGGCUUCCUUGUCAGUUUGUGGAUGAGAAAGUGCACGUGAAUGAGAAGGAUCACAUAGAGACCCAGUAUAUCUAUAGAGAGGCUGUGAUUCAGUUUGGUAAAAUUGGUGACAGCCCUUUAUACCCCAUUAUAACCUUUCUUGUUACUGCUUCUAAAGUAGAUAUGAGGCGUUAUGUGGAGGGAGGCGAUGACACAUUAAACUGUGAGAUCCGUAGAUACAGCACAGUAGAUAAAGGGCAUGUAAAGCGGUGGCCUACUAUGGGGGCACAAGAGUAUGAUGUUUGGUUCAGCUGUACUUUACGUCAUACUAAAGGCGAGUUCAUCAUCACCACUUUCCUCAGACACACACCUUCUGAUCCUGCAAAAGGACAGGUGGAUUAUCUACAAUGGUUAACAGUUUAUGACGAGGAUCUUCUGACAACAUCAGCUGCGAUGGUUGUCCUGACACGGACCCCUUCCGUAGAAGUGGGGUUUCUGAAGGAGCCGACCCUACACUGUCAGUUUGCAGUGGAUCACAAGAAUGCCAACGUAACAGUGGAAUGGAAACUUCAGAGAAGUCAUGGGAAGCGCAGCCGGCUGUUUAGCUACACCAGUCGGACAGGGACAUCUGAGGGUACAGGAGUGUCCAUCAAAGCCAUCGGUGUUGGAAGUGCCUCCUUCAAACUUUCACCCACCAGAAAAAAUUCAGAGGGCACUUACAUCUGCUCCAUUCUCGUCCCUCCUCUUCAUUGCAGCCAUAAUAUACCUCUUCAUCUAAGAGAACAACCCCGUGUGUCUUUGAAUGUGGGCUCUACGUUGUCUCUGACAGUUGGUGAGGGGCAUAAGGUUGCUUGCAAUGCAGAAGGAUACUAUCCAAUGGAUGUGAACAUUGAAUGGAUACGAGAACCAGUCAGCGACAACCCCUCACCUGUGUUCCUGAAAAAUGUUUGGCACUCCAGUCAUCGGUUUCACCACAAUGGCACAUACUCGCUCUCAGCCUUUCUUCAAUUACAGCCUGGCCUGGAGGACUCAGGAUAUAAGUACACUUGCGAAGUAUCCCAUACGUCUUUGCUUGUUCCCAUUCGAAAAAGCUUCAUGCUUACAGUCAUAGAACCUAAUUUGACUAUGUGGUAUAUCAAAGUCAUUGGACUUAAUGGUGUCAUUUUAGGAAUUGUUUUUAAGCUGCUGCGUCAAUUCAUUGCUUCUCGAAAAUCUCCCUUUAAGGUGAGAAAUUACUAUAAAAAAAUAACGGUAAAUCUGCUAACAGCAUCAUUUGUGCAAAUGACCUCAACUGUACAUGAUUUAAUGCGAAUAAGAUGAAUGGGCUCUCUGUGAUGUUUGUUAUGUGCAUGUGCACCAGUAUGUGUAAGUAUUGGUACGUGUGAAAGUAUGAUGUAAGUGUACAAGUGUUUAUUUGCCAUAUGUACAGCGACACAUACUGUAUGUUUAAACUGUGUGUCUU